CAGACGCUGGUCAAUUUCUUGUUUACAUCUUUUUUACACUGAGUUCGUACCAUUACGUUCCUACCAAAACAGUUUUAUCGCAUUCACUAUGGCCUCUACAGCAGCACAAGCCCCUCCGCAGGUAAGCGGUGCAGACGAUCUCGGACCCAUCCGUUUGCCGGUGGAUAGAGAAACGUAUCAGUUCAAUGACUGGACCAUCGGCUACACCAAAUCGCACAUCCUCAAAAGUGUCUGCAUCAAUGGGGACACUUGUGUGGCCGGCGAGCCUGGCUGCUGUGAGCUGUGCGAGUACAACUUUACCCUCGCAUUACCACAUCUGCCCGACAUGGUGUUUCACAAAAAUGUGCUACGCAUAAGCCAUUCGUCCGGAGCACAGCUCGAGUUCAAUCCACUCGAUGCAUUGAAAUUAGUACGCAACGAAAAGCUCGACUUGAAGGUGGCCUGCUCCGAUGAGUGGCGUGAAAGUCGCCCCGAAGCGGCACAGACCUCGGACAAAGUGAAACCCUUCGAUUGGACGUUUACGACUGAGUAUUCGGGCACGGUAAAUGAUCGUUUUCGAGUAGAACCGACGGAGCAACGUAUCGAUAUGUUUAAGCUGAUGCGUAAGGAAGAGAUCCUGUUUUAUCACAACCUGACACUGUUUGAAGAUGAACUGCACGAUCACGGCAUAUCGUUGCUUUCGGUGAAGGUACGCGUAAUGCCGUCCGGGUUUUACAUUUUGCUGCGCCACUUUCUGCGUGUCGAUAACGUGCUGCUGCGCAGCAACGACACCCGGUUCCACUAUGAAAAGGGCAACGAUUACAUGCUGAAGGAGUUUACGCAUCGCGAAGCAAAGGUGGAACAGCUGAAACACAUUCCACCGGCGCUCUUCACCAAUCCGGACCAUAUCGUGGAUAAGCUACCAGUCGUGCGAAAAGUGAACGAAAAGUUAACAAUCAUAAACGAGGAAUAGAAUAUUCGUUGGGGGUUUCGGUGUUGGGUACGCUGCGUUCGAUCGUUGGAAGAACAUGGCCAUGUGAUUUAAAAUAUUCAGCGUGAAAAAUAAAUUUCUACACGUGUUUCAUGUGUGUGUUCAAAGUACAUCCAGUAA